AAUGACCGGAAGGAAGACAAAUUUUCCGACCCAGACUGUGGACAAAAUUGUUUUGAUUUCUAUAAUGGCAGGAGAGAAGUAGCUUGUUGAAAGCAAUUUCUAUCCAGCAUACCUUAACCAGUCAUAGAGGGAAAAUAUGCAACAUUUGUCAUACCACUGUAAUGCAUGAAGAGCAAAAAAUCUGCGAUACAAGGAAGUCACCGAAAGUGAAAAGGCAAAUUAUUUGUAGUUUUGGUUGGCUAACUGUAACCAUGCCAGAAGAAGUGUUAUCUCCCUUGUUCCCGUUUAUUCUAUUUCCUGCUACAUUAUCAAUAACUUAGAUAUAUAUAUUCUAUAUAUAUAAGGCAUUCUGGAACACGAAAUGGCUGCUUCAAGGACAGGAAGUGUAAGGAUUGUCCGUCGGAUGAGUAUGGAAACAUACAUGGUCCGUGUUUUUGCUGGACAGCUGAGCACAGACGAGUAUACUUCAAUUGAAGCUGAGAAGACCUCAUGUUCUGCAGAUAUUGUAGCGGCAGCGUGCCUUAAACUAAGACUAGGAGAUCCUAGAAAUUAUGAAUUAGCUGAAGUGUUCUCCUCUUCUGGUCAAUUAUGUAAGGAACGUAGAUUAGAGCCAACUGAAACACCCGUCAGAAUACAACUCAUGUGGCCAAAAAUUACGAAUAGUGCAAUCGAUAGAACUUCUGGAUUAACUGGUUAUAGAUUUUACAUACGGAAAAAAGAUCUGGAAAUCCCUGAUCGAACGUUGUCAUGGAGGGAAUGUUCACAAGAAUUAAAUGCAAUAGAAACCUUUUUAACUAGCUUUCUACAACAAGUAACUUGUAACAAGGAAUAUUCAGAUCUGUGCAACCUUCCUGAUCUAAAUGAGCGGACAUUGUUAGACAACGUCAAAUCACGAUUUCAGAAUUCAAAUAUCUAUACAUAUGUAGGAUCUAUAUUAAUAGCAGUGAACCCAUUUAAAUUCUUUCCAAUUUACAAUCCCAAAUAUGUUAAAAUGUAUCAGAAUAAACGAUUAGGGGAAUUACCCCCUCACAUCUUUGCAAUAGCAGACACAGCAUUCUAUACAAUGUUACGGAAACGCAAAAAUCAGUGUAUAGUAAUAUCUGGUGAAUCGGGAUCUGGCAAAACUGAAACAAACAAUUUAUUAUUACAUCAUUUGACGGCCUUAAGUCAGAAAGGAGCUCAUGGCAGUGGUGUUGAACAGACUAUUCUUGGUGCAGGGCCAGUUUUAGAGGCUUUUGGUAAUGCUAAGACAGUACAUAAUAAUAACUCCAGUAGAUUUGGCAAGUUUGUACAAGUCAAUUACAAAGAAAAUGGAAUGGUUCAUGGGGCCAUUGUGGAAAAAUAUCUGUUGGAAAAAUCACGAAUCGUCAGUCAAGCUAAAAAUGAAAGAAAUUACCAUGUGUUCUAUUAUCUCCUUGCUGGGUCAGAUGAAGAAGAGAGAGAAACGUUGCAUCUACUGGAGCCACAGGAGUAUACUUAUUUGAAACAGAGUGAAUGUUUUAUAUUGGAUGGUUUUGAAGAAGAAAGAGUAGAUGAGAAACAUGAAUUUGAAAGGUUAAAACAAUCUAUGGAAAUGGUGGGAUUUUCAGCAGUAACACAGAAAAGAAUAUUUUCUGUGUUAUCAGCUGUUCUGCUGCUUGGAAAUGUAGAAUUCAAAAAGAAAGGGGAUCAACAUCAUGAUGAAUCUGUCACAGUGAAAACAGAAUCUGUGGUACAAAUCAUUUCAAGUCUCCUAAAGGUGAAGGAGAAGACAUUAGUAGAUGCCUUGACCCAGAAAAGAGCUACAGCAGGAGAUGAGACAGUGGUCAUGAACUAUAAAAUGGAGGAUGCAAUAGCUACCAGAGAUGCCAUGGCAAAAUGUUUGUAUGGUGCCCUGUUUGACUGGAUUGUUCUGAAAGUAAACCAGGCACUGUUAGCAAAACGACAUCACAGUGAUCAUCAGUAUACAGGCCCAUCAAAUAAAGUAGGUAAUUCUAUAGGAGUAUUAGAUAUAUUUGGAUUUGAAGAUUUCACCAAAAACAGUUUUGAACAGUUCUGUAUAAACUACGCCAAUGAACAUUUGCAGUAUUACUUUAAUCAACAUAUCUUCAAAUUUGAACAGGAGGAAUACAAAAAAGAGGGAAUUCAGUGGAAGAAUAUUGAGUUUAUAGACAAUACUGGAUGUUUAGAAUUAUUUUCUAAGAGAGGAACUGGACUUUUCCCUCUCUUAGAUGAAGAGUGCAAUUUUCCUGGUGCUACAAAUACUUCUUUACUGACAAAAUUUAAUCACCACAACAAAAGUUACACAUAUUAUCAAGUACCACAACUCAAAGAAGAAGCUUUCUUUAUUGUACAUUAUGCUGGCAAAGUCAAAUAUCAAAUUAAGGAUUUCCGAGAGAAGAAUGGGGACCAGAUCAGACCAGAAAUAGUGAGUGUACUGAAGAGCAGUUCACUCACAUUUGUUAGAGAAGUGAUGGGAAUUGAUCCUGUUGCCUUACUACGAUGGUCUAUAAUCAGGACAUUGAUAAGAAGUGUGUUUGCCUUCACUGCUGCAGGGGAUAGAUACAGAACGUCUAAUAAUUUAAGGAUAAAUACCAAUUCACAGCGAAGAGGGUCUGAUUAUUCCCUUCCAGAUUCUCUCAUACCAAGUGAAAAUUUGCUCAGAUUUGUGAAGAUAGCCAAGACGGCUAGUGUUUUAAGGAAAAUUCAUGCACGAAGCAAAUCUCCAUUGCAUGAUAAAUCUGCAUGUAACAAUACAAAAGAAGACAGCGGUUGCUUUGACCCAGAUGAUGAUGAUGCUUUCUUAGACAACGAUCAAAGUGGAAAAAUUUGUCUAACAAGCCCAGGAUUGUCAAAAGAUGAAAAUAUUCUCAUGCGUAAAGCCGAGAGAAUUUUGAAGAAAAACAAGUCAUUCCGACCAAAGUCAAAGCCACCUACAAUGCUUAGUGAUAUAAAAACCCUAAAGGAUAUAGCUCGUCGUACUAUGUAUGGUAGUGGUAGAGAUCCAUCUAAGAAACAGAAAUCCAGUGUCAGUGCUCAAUUCCAGUGGUCUUUAAAUAGACUGAUGUCAACACUACAACAAGCUAACCCAUUCUUCAUCAGAUGUAUAAAAUCUAAUGCUGACAAGCUGCCGUGUACAUUUGAUGAUGUAUUGGUACUCAGACAGUUGAGAUAUACAGGAAUGUUGGCAACAGUCAAGAUCAGACAGUCAGGGUAUAAUCAUCGACUCACAUUUGAUGAAUUCAUACAAAUGUAUAAGAUAUUACUACCUAAAGGUUUACUGAGUUCCAAAGAUGAUGUGAAAGACUUCUUAGAACAUAUGAAAUUUAUGGAGGAGAAUUAUCAAAUUGGAAUAACUAAGGUAUUUCUAAGAGAAACAGAGAAACAAAGAUUGGAUCAAGCCUUACAUGUAGCCAUCAUGGAAAGAGUAAUUAGAGUUCAAAGAUGGUUUAAAACAAUCUUUGAAAGAAGGAACUAUAUUAAAAUCAGAGCUAGUAUUAUAGUAAUACAGGCUUGUGUAAGAAUGUUCCUGGGUAAAAGAAGAAAGCUGAGGUUAAAACAGAACAUAUCAGCCAUGUGUAUUCAGCGUUACAUGAAAGGAUGGCAUCAUAGAUAUACAUUUCUCAAAACAUUAUCAGCGACUCUUAUCAUACAGUGUUGGUACAGAGGAUAUAAAAGUCGCAAGAUAUAUAGAAACCUGUUACUUGAGAAACAAAUUGAAGAAGCGAAAGCCAAGCAAGCUCAGAUAGAUGAUUUACGAUCCUCUAACAGUGAUGAAGGUAUUCUGACUAAAGGAUCCAGCGGUGAAGAACUAGAUGACAUUGGCAGAUCUCCUAGACGUGAUUCAUCAAGUAGUGGUGUUCAUGAUGAAGACUCAGAAUCAGAGACAGUUUCCCUAGAAUCAAAAAGUCGUGAUGGCUCCAUAGUAACCCCACCUCCAACACCCACUGAUGUUAAAAUUAUAGUACAACCCACCAUUAAAAUAGAACAAGAUGAAUACCUUAGACAAGACAAGAGAUCAUCAAGAGUUCAAGAUUUGGCCAAAUUUCAUGAAGCGAAAGCUGAUGCCUUGAAAGAGAAUUCUGACACAGUAUCUCUUGAAAGAGGUCCAAUGAAGAAAAAGCCAAAAGUUAUUCCUGCACCUCUGGCUAAGCAGGAAUCAUUCUCUGAUUUGGAACCAAUGUCACCCUCAGAUCAGUAUGUUACUCAAGACAAGAAGCGAAUGGUUGAAGAGGCUCUAAAGAAGCCCCCACACCAGAAAGACCAGUUAGAUAAUGAACCCCAAUCUCCCUCAUCAUUUUCAUAUGCCAGCCCAUUGAGGAAGGCCAAAAUAUUUAAACACAGUAGGCUAAAGAACCUGUUGGGAGAUAUAAAAGAGUCUACUCAAACUUGUCGCAGAUCGUCUUUUCGAUUCCUUCAUCGGGACAAGACAUUUUUAUCAGCUUUUUUGGGUAAAAAAUCAAAUCGUGAAGACAGUGAUGAAGACCAAAGUCCAACUAACACUGAACGUAGACCACCAUUUGGACUUAUUGGAGGCAUACCUGUUCUCCCAGGGCUUCGACCAGAUCAGCUGUCACCAACAUCUCCGAAAUCACCAUCAGAUCCCAAAUAUUUCCCUGGUGUAAAGAACUUAUCACAAGAAGAUAUUCAUGAUAAAAAGAAGACACCAAAACGAGGAAGUAGUCGCAGAGAGAAAGAACAAAACGAUACACCUAAGAGAGGUGAAUCACCAGCUCGUGACGUGAAAUUUGGAGAGAAAACAGAAUGGCAGUAUCCCAGUGAUCUUGUUAUUACAGAUUACAGAGAGUUAGCUGCCUUGGAUGAUUUUAUUCUGAAAAAGCUGAUUGACUAUAGCAAAGAAUUAAGUAAAAACAAGCAGAGUGAAUCUGUAUUUGAUGAUGUUUUCAUGAGAUCAAUGUCAGAAUUUCAUCUAGAAAUGCAGGCCACUUUGUCAGUGGAAAAACAGAAAGGGAAUAUGGACAUUCCAUAUAGAGAUCUUCUACAAAAAUUUGCUCAGAUGCUUGAAGCUACAUUAAAGAACAGGCAUUCUAAAGGCACUUUCCCAAUUACAAUGGGAGUUAAUGCAUUCCGUGGUUUUCUGGACGAGUUUAUCAAACAUAAACGAAAAGAAAGGAAAGAUGAACAAGUACCCAAAAAGAUGAGAAGAAGAGAUAGGGCCAAAAAAGAUAUUUAUGAGGUGAUGGGACACAAGUUUAUGUUAGUACAGUUUGGUAUUCCCACAUUUUGUGAAUAUUGUUCCAAUCUACUAUGGAUCAUGGAAAAGGGUAGUGUUUGUCAAGUGUGUAAAUACACCUGUCACAAGAAAUGUGUAAAUAAGACAACAACUAAAUGUAAAGGUGUUCAAGACAAUCAGAUUCAUGGCUCCUUGAGGCCAUUUAUUCUUCCUCCGAUAAUGGGUCCGAGAGGAAGGUCUCUCUUCAGACACCAUCAAAAGUUUGCUGGAACCCGUGUGUUUGGUGUACAGUUAUCUAGUUUAGUGUCGAAGGACAGAAAAGUUCCUGUGGUUGUGGAAAGACUUAUAACUCUUAUAGAGCUUCAUGGAUUAUAUGUAGAAGGAUUGUAUAGACGAGCUGGAGCUCAGGCAAAAGUCAAAAUUCUAAAACAGUUAAUAGAUAGCGGCAAAGAAGAUUUAGUGUCCAUAGAUACAACUGAAUACCAAAUUCAUGUCCUAGCAGCAGUACUAAAGGGCUUCUUCAGAGAUCUACCAGAACCAGUAUUAACCUAUGACCUUUAUGAUGACUUCAUCAGGGCAGCAGAAAUUCAUGAUGAGAAAGAGAGAAUGCAAUCUUUGUAUGCAGUCAUUGAUAAACUGCCUAAACCUAAUUAUGAUCUGUUUGAAAGAAUUAUAUUCCACUUGGCUAGAGUGGCUCAUCAUGAAGAUGUUAACAGAAUGAGUGUCAAUGGUUUAGCCAUUAUUUUUGCUCCUACUUUCCUCAGAACAAAUAAAAAACUUCAAGCACAAGAAUCUUUGAAUCAAGUGCCAAAACAAACCAUAGUAAUUGAAAAAAUCAUCAGUGAACAAUUAGACAAAUUAAGAUCAACGUUAGAAGAUCUACAAACACUUGAGAGUGCAGAGAUUACUGCAGUCGAUCGGCUACAAGUCGUCAGAACAAGCAUGAGAAUCUCUAAGUCCCCUACGAGGGAGAGAGCUGUGAGUCCUAUGAUACCAGAUGUUCCUGUCACAGAGGAGGAAGAGGAGGAGGUUGAGAUCUCUACAGAUGUGGAGGAGGAAGAGAAAGCUCUCAAAUCUCAUCUACGAUCAAUCAGAAAGGAAAAACAAAAUUUAACAUCCAAAUUGCCAGCAUUAGAAUGUCGCCAUUUGUCAUCUGAUGAUGACAUCAACAGUACAGAUGAUGUUGACAGUACUUACGAUACUGCUGAUGAUUUUGACGAGAACGAAGAAUUUGCAAUGACAUUUGAACAUCCAGUCAGCCCACCAAAACAAUUAGAACAUUUGACAAAACGGAGAGCUUCAGUGCCAUUAGCCAAACGUCUUCCAACAAAAUAUCAGGCCAUUUUGGACAAACAAUCUGAUGGAGAAGCUUUGUGCAUACAAUCAGAAAGUAUUGAUUCAAACGAUUUGUGUGAGAGCAAUGGUCAGUUAAAUACACUGACCAAUUGUCAAAGUGCUUGUGAGAUGACACACAGUAUUCUUCUUCCAACAUCAAUGGAAUCCAGUUAUGUUGCGUUACCUGCACGAACUUUAGAUGACGAUGAUGAUGACGAGAUUAUGGUUUGACAACUGGAACCAUAAUCUUUAACGCAAAUGUGCCAAAUUUUUUAAGCCUUCAAAAAUGUCUCUGCAUGAUGCUAUUGUUAAGCUUUAAGAAGCUGAAGUCAAAAACAAAACAUGAAUAAAUCAAAAUAGUUUUAUGGAAGGUAAUUUUGGAAAGUGAUAUUGUAUAGUGCUAAGGCUAAAAGGAGCUAAAAGUUAGUGUUUCAAUACUAGCGACAUUUCACAGAAGAAAUACAAAUACCAUACCCAGCUGUGCUGUGGCUUAUGUAAUUAUUUUUUUUAACAAAAUACGUGUUGAUCAUGUAUAAACUGAUAAAUGACAGUCUGGGAACAACAAAACAAACUCCACAUAUAAAUAUUUUGUCUGUCUUUGCAAUAUUAGAACACCUCAUGUCCAUUGAUAACCUUGAAUAACCUUGAAUUCUUGCAUUGUAAAUACAUCUUAUUUAUGAGUUUCUAUGAUUUUCCUGUAAUAUUAUCUUGAUUUCUUGAAAUAUGAACUUCAAAAUUAAUAUAAUUGAUAGUAAUGAUUCCAAUAAACCUUCUUUUCAUGGUUUAUAUCUACAAUGUAUGUCAAGCCAUAGCAAUCAAAAGUUUAAAACUUAAAAUUAAAUUUAGACUGUCUUAAAGAUUUUCAAAGCAACAUUCUGAUAUGCUCCCCAAAACUUGUGUAGAUAUACCCCCAUUUCUAUUUGGAUAUAAGGCCUUUGACUUUAACUUUUUAUUUGAUAUUCAUUAAAGAACAAUGAUUUGCUUUGUCAUAAAUCAGAAAAAUGUUAUGUUCUUCAGUUAAAAUUCAAGUAUGUGAGUUAGAGUACAACAGUACUGGAAUUAAGUAAUGGUGUCUUAUAAUUGCUGUUUGAGAUAUGUAGAUAUGUCAUCUCUCUUAUUUUUGAGUGCCUUAUUAAUUGUUUUAAAGAUUUUGUUUAUUGUUGGUCUUGAAUUUUUAACAUUACUUUUAGGUUUAAGUUAUAGCUUCAACUGGUUUUGGUAAAUUGUUGUUACAAGAACUUGAAAAGAAAAUGUUUUUAGUUGUUCAAAAGAUUAAAAAAGAUCUCACAAUUAAAAGCUUUACACCACUUUAGA